CUUAUCUCGUGUCUUUCCGUCGCCACUGAGACGUCAUCGAAACGUAUGCUGGGGAUUUAAUCCGAGGUCCUCGACGUCUGCUCUUUGACGUCACUCCUCGUUCUUAUAAGCAAGACGCUCGUCCGACCAACGCAUUCGAGAGGAUCGUUCUUAACACGAGAAGCUCCUUCAACGCCAGGCACCUCAGCGUCUACCUGCAUUUGGGCAAUCAGUGAAAACAUCUAAAACAUGAUGUUUAAAAGUUUGGUCGCGUCUCUGUCGCUGCUGGUCGUCGCAGGAGUGAGUCACGGCCUCCCAGCCGUCGUCACGGCCCCUCCUCAAGUGGCCGCCCAGUGCCCCUACACGCCGGGGCCGAUCCCUCUGCUGCUGCCCAACCCCGUCGACUGCGGCUCCUUCUACAUGUGCAGCUGGUACGGGACGGCCCUGUUGCAGCACUGUCCUCCUGUGCUGCACUUCAACGCCAAGCUGCAGGUGUGUGACUCUCCUGAACACGCCAACUGUGUACAGAGAACCACAGCUGCCCCUGUCUCCAGCACCCCUACUGUUGUGCCAGUCUCCAAUGUGACCACAGCUGUUCCCGUAUCCAAUGUGACCACAGCUGUUCCGUCUCCAAUGUGACUACAGCUGUUCCCGUUUCCAAUGUGACCACAGCU